CUCAGCAGGGCCCGUCGCCCGCACAACGCUAUCUUUGUGAACUUUGAUGAGGAAGAAAUCCCAUCUAAGCCCCUGGAUGCUGCCGUACAGACCUGGAAGAAAGUGUGCACCAAUCCUGUGGAUAAGAAGGUGGAGGAAGAGCUGAGAAAGCUCUUUGAAGUGCGUCCUGUCUGGUCUCGGAAUGCAGUAAAAGCCAAUAUCAGUGUCCACCCGGACAAGCUGAAACUUCUGUUGCCGUAUUUGGCCUAUUACAUGUUGACAGGUCCUUGGAGAAGCUUAUGGGUCAGGUUUGGGUAUGACCCCAGAAAACACCCUGAAGCAAAGAUUUAUCAAGUACUGGACUUCCGAAUUCGCUGUGGAAUGAAAUAUGGUUACGCCCCCAAUGAUAUGCCCGUGAAAGCAAAACGCAGCACGUAUAACUACAGCCUGCCCAUCACUGUCAAGAAGCCAGUAAGUCAUACAGUCAGUGUCCAUGAUCUGAAACAGGGGCUUGGUACGUCUGGUGCGUCCGGUGCAAAAAAUCCUGCAUCCAGCAGGUAUAAACUGAAGGAAUCCAUCUACAUUUUCCGAGAAGGAGCCUUACCCCCGUAUCGGCAGAUGUUCUACCAGCUCUGUGACUUGAAUGUAGAAAGCCUACAGAAAAUCAUCCAUCGGAAUGACGGCACAGAGUCAGAAUGCACAGAGCGGGAUGGGUGGUGCCUUCCAAAGACUAGCGACGAUCUGCGAGAUUCCAUGUCUCUGAUGAUAAAGCAGAUAAUCAGAUCCACGAGACCUGCUCUUUUCUCAAGUACAACAAGCAGCGAAGAUGGCAAAGAGCAGCUGGCAUAUGAGUCUGGAGAGGAUGAGGAUGAUGAAGAGGAGGAGGAAGAGGACUUGAGGCCUUCUGAUGGGAGUGAAAAUGAAAUGGAAACAGAAAUUCUGGACUAUGUGUGAACUCAGUGAACAGUCUGGCUGCUGCUGGACAGAAUCAUCUCUGCUCUUGUUCCUUGAGCGCUGAGGCUUCAGCCACCAUGCCCAGGAUGUGGGGAAGCAGAACUUGCACUAAGAUGCCAAUGACUUGUCUGCACUGAGUGCUGUGCCUGCCGAUGAGCAUCAUUGUGGAUGUUUGGGAGCCAGUGCCUCCGUUUUUGUAAUUGCUGGCUAAUAAGCCUUCAAGGGAGCUCAACAAACUCCCAAGAAAGAGCUCAGAAUCCAAACCAGCUGGUAAUACCCCAAAAAAAGAGGAGAAGUUGCAUUCCCAAAUCUCUCUGUGCCUGGGAAUUACACCUUGGCUGACUUGGAGGCCAUGUGGAAAACAGAAAAGGUGCCUGAGGCAGCACUGGGGGAAGCACACUGGUGCUACUGGGGGGGGGGUCUCUCAGGCAAGUGCUGCCCUUCUGCUUGUCUAAGGAGAAUGGAAAUGCUGUGCCAUGGUUUCAGCAUCAAGCCCCACUGGCAAUCCACGAAAUAAAGCCAGCAGGGAAAAGUGCUUUCUGACAGUGAAUAAUUCACUUCUCUGGGAUGUAGCAUAUGUUGUCCUCACUAGCUAGUGCACCUCUCAAUUCUGUUUUGACUUCCCUGGUAAUUUAGCAAGGAUGGAAGGAAGCAGGCACUGGGGCAGAGCUUCGGGUCUACAGAACUUGGCCACUCAUUAGUCUGCCCUUGUGGGCUGGGUUGUUACCACCCAGUCACAGCAGUUGAGGAUCUGCUGGCAUCUCCUGAGUGUUGUGCAUCCCCCAGUGUGUUAUGAGUACAAGGUUUCUCAUUUGUGGCCGAUAAUGUGCUGUAAUGCAUGGGUUAAUAUGAUUUCAGCCUCCUGCACUUGUGUGAGGCUUCUCAAUUUCUCUGGCGUUUUGUUAGCCUGAGCUAUUUCCUUAGGUUUGGCCUCCAGCCCACAAAAGCGACAUCUGCAGGGCUCUCACUCAGUGACACAGCCGUGCUCCUGGAUACGUAUGCGUGUGUAUGUAUACACACACAGAAUCUGCAUUUGUGGACUGGCUCUUCAGGUGUGCACUCACCACAGCUCACUGGGAGAUCCUGUGCUUUGCCUUGUGCUCCUGCCUUGGGGUAGUGCGGCUGCAACCGUAAGUACAACAGCAUUUCUUAGGGCUUUAAGACUUUAUAACUGGGGAGGGAGCUCUGCAUUGCUCCGUCUGUCUGAGGGCACCUCCAGCCAGGGUAAGGUGCAGGUCCUGGCAAUGCAGCAAUCCAGAGGCCUGAGGGGCUGUGCCACAGACUUACCUUCUCAAUGCAAUGCAACAGGGAACUAAGAAAAAAAAAAA